AUGCAAAAACUGCUUGAAGCUGACAGAAACACCAAGUACCAAUGGGAAAGUUGCAUCUUUAGUUUGGUCAUAUUCGUAAUCAAUGGGAUCCUCUUCUUUUGGAUCCCCAGAAACUUACGACAAAAGAGGUACACCAAAUCCAAUAGAUUUAAACCAUACUUUAUUUGGCUAAGUAUUUGGAACACCAUCAACUCAUCAUGGUCAAUCAAAGUAUUUAGCAAAAGAUACUUUUUCAAACCAACCAUCUUAAUCUUGUUUCUAUUCUACAUCUUACUCAAUGGUAAACUCUGCUACCACAACACCGACGACAUUGUUUACAUCCCCAGAAUAUUUGUGGUUGCAAAAAGAUGCGCAAGAAUCGGUAUUGCCCAAAUACCUGCCAUUUUUCUUUUGGUCACCAAGGGUGACUUUAUUACCGGUAUCACAGGCUUAACCUAUGAAAGAACAACUUUUUUACACGUUUGGUUCUCAUUUAUGAUGUUUGUUGUCGUUACCUUCCAUGUAGGUGUUGUAUGCUACUACUGGGCAAGUCCCGUAUACCAAGACUUGCACCCAAAGUACCCCAAGAAUGCCUAUGGUAUAUUGGCAUACGUUACAUUUGUAUUCUUGGCCCUCGGCAACAUAAAACUCAUUAGAAAAUUAUCCUUUGACUUGUCAAUGGUCCACCACCGUGCACAAUCAUUUAUCAUGUUGCUCAUGGCAUUCUUUCACAACAACCACGCCAAAGCCAUGGUAAUUAUCGGUGUGCAUUUGCUUGUCUUGGACAAGGUCAUUGGCAGAAUUUACGGAAUUGUCCACGGCAUCAAAUCUCCAACUAAAGGAUGGUCAGAGUUUGAAAUGUUGGAUGAGGAAACAAUGAAGGUUUCAAUCCCCAUAAAAGUCAACCACAAAUUUAACCCAAACUCAUGGUUUGGUCUUAUCAAGUUCAAAUACGGCAACUGGAAAGCUGGCUCCCACAUCUACUUUAACGUUCGAAAGAUUGACUUUUUCCAACACCAUCCAUUCUGCAUCUCAAGCUUACCCGAUAGCGGCAAGAUGGUUCUCAUUAUUAGAAAGAAAAACGGAUUCACAAAGAAAAUGUUUGAAAAAGUCAAAGACUUGCAACAAAAACAGAUUAAUGGAACUCAAACUGAAGAUGACUACAUUCCAAAAUACAGAAUGAAAUACAACCAAUUGAAAAACAAAUACUUUAAAAAGAACAAAGCUGCAACCAAUACAUCUGAAGAAGAAGAAGAAGAAGAAGAAGAACAGCAAACCAAGCUUCCCGACUAUAGGAAAAUAGUUGACCCAAAUAUCGUUAUACUCAAAACUGCAUUCCGUGGACCAAGUGGUGCUAAAUGCCAACCACUCAUCACUUUUGACUCAGUUGCAUUUUUUGCUCAAGAAUUGGGUGCAACCUUUGUCUUACCUAUAGCCUUGGAUCUUUUACAAACCGCAGAGAAGAAAGAAGUAAUGAAGGACUACUUGGGGAGACCUCCACACCCUGUAUUGAACAUUUUCUGGACAGUAAAGACCAAAAAACACAUUUUUUGGCUUUCACACAUCCUCGAUAAGAUGUUAAAGUAUAUACGCGAUGGCAGAUUAACAAUCAGUGUGUUUGUAUUGGAAAACGAUGUUGAAAUGAAUACUAUUGAAAUUAUUGACGAGAAUCCAUUUACCCUGGCAGUUGCAUCAGUACCAACACUGAGACUUGAACUGACACUGACACUGGCACUGACACUGGCACCACCACCACCACUUGUCACAACACCACCCACCAAGAAAGUAACUACUCAAGUAGAGCAACUCGAAUUGAAAAAAACCAAUUCCAGUAACCUAAGCGAAGAAGAAGACGAACAAGGUAGAAAAGGAAAAGAAGGAGAGGAUGUCAAACCAGAUUAUUCGCUUUUGAAUAUCAACUAUAAGCCACUUGAUUCGGAUGAGGCAUUGCAAAGCCACAUGGCUAGUGUUAAAUAUUCAGACGAGAACCAUUUCAGGUCAAUGGCUGUUGUUUGUUGCGGUGAGGAACACACAUUUGGUAAAACAGUGGAGUACAAUUUGCAACACUACCGCUGGAUAAAACAUGCUCCGAACAUGUACUUUUACAACGAGUCUUUUGAUGCGUAA